CACACACACACACCUGCUGAGAUAUGCAAAGCCUUCAAAAGCCUCAGUUUGCCAACUGGCUCAUAAAGCAGGUGGAGACAGGCCAGUACACGGGUCUGUGCUACGUGGGCGAGAACAAGUUCCGAGUCCCUUGGAAGCACAACUCCAGAAGGGACUGCAGAGACGAGGACAGCAAAAUAUUCCGGGCAUGGGCAGUUGCGAGUGGCAAAAUCAGCGAGUUCCCCAACGACAAGGCCAGGUGGAAGACCAACUUCCGCUGCGCUCUCAACAACCUGUCCGUGCGCUUCAAGAUGGUGCAGGACAAUUCCAAGAACUCCAUCGACCCUCACAAAAUCUACGAAAUCAUCAACACUGAGUACAGACAUGAAAGUCUUCCAAAACAAGCGUCACGUCCUGAUUCUCCUAUGACCCUGGACAUCUACAGCUCUCCCACAGAGUACUUCCCCAUGGGACAGGAGCAAAAUCUGGUUAACUAUUUCACAGCUUUGGGUAUCGAAAAGCGACCAACAGAGGCUCAACUGUGGGUGGAGAAUCAGGCUGUUCUUGGAAGUUAUCCUGCUGUGGGCGAGAACCUCCCACAGGUUAUUCCAGAUCAGCCGUCUUACUGUGAAGUGAAUCCUCAACCAGUCCUUCAUUCAGUCGUCGAGUCAUCGAUACAGCCAAGUAUCAACGACCUGGAGAUCUCCAUCUACUACAGGAAAAUGGAAAUGUUUAAGACCACGUUGAACACUGUCCGUCUCCAGCUCCACUACCAGCACGAAGCCCCCGAGCUCAAUGCCCAUCACCUGUGCUUCCCCUCAACUGACGGCCUUCUAGACCACAAACAGAUUGAGUACACCAACCGCAUCCUGAACAGCAUCCAGAGAGGUUUACUCCUGGAGGUCCAGGAGACCGGUAUCUAUGCCUGGAGGCAGGACAGGUGCCAUGUGUUCGCCAGCACCAGUGACCCCAGUGUUGCUCACCCAGACCCAAGAAAGCUUCCGCAGAACACCAUGGUAGAGCUCCUCAGUUUUGAGAAGUAUAUAAACGACCUGAAAAAGUUUAAGGAGAACAACGGUGGCUCUCCUGACUACACCAUCAACAUGUGCUUUGGAGAGAAGUUUCCCGACGGAAAACCCUUAGAGAAGAAACUCAUCAUCGUCAAGGUAGUUCCUCUGAUCUGUCGAUACUUUCACGAGAUGGCGCAGAUGGAAGGCGCUUCGUCACUCCACAGCACCAACGUCAGUCUACAGAUGUCACACAACAGCCUCUAUGAUCUCAUCAGCUCUGUGUUCAGUCUGCCAACAGUCGAUGCAUCUUUUCUACAUUAGAUCUCUCCUUCACUUGCCUCUAAUGGCGACUACUCUAACUUCCUAUGGGACCCGCUUAAUGCACCACAUCCGGUUUCUUUAUCCAAAGCUCUGCUAUGAAACAAAGCCAGUCAGGUGACCUGUUGAAUGUGUGACAGUAGGUGAAGCAGGAGUGCCAGUCAUUUUUAAUGGUUUGCUAUAAUUACCUCUAUCAAUCUAUUUUUGGCUGUGUUAUUUUAAUGUUUUUAAUGACAUUUUCCAGGGAUGUUGGUUAUGGGCCAAUGAGGAAAUUGACCAGUUUUGGUGUUGAUCCAAAUGCGGGAACAAAUGAUGCAAUAGCAAUAGUAUCAUGUAUACAAGGCUUAAUGUUAAUGUGCAGUUGGGUCAAAGUUUGGAUCUUGAUCUGUACUGACACAGUGACAAACUGAGCUGUCUUGUCAGAGGUUCGUGCUCUCCGAGUGCUUUCUCUAGUCACAUCACCUGCUGUUCACGUUCAAUGAGUCACUAAUUGGCGCAAAAAAGCUGUUCUUCUAUCACUACAAAUUAGAAAUCAUCUCUUUCAAUCGUGGGACUGUUACUCAAGACAAAGGCCUCAGGUCUAAUAACUUAUAAAGGAUCACUGUAAAUAUCAAAAUGAUGUAGUUUGGAAGAUAAACAUAGUUAAUGUAUUGUAACAUAUCAUUUGUGAUUACUGAUAUUUAUGAGCUACUGUAUGUUUUUUUUGUGUGUCAAACAGCCACCGGCUACAGCACAUACAUGUCUGUGGCGAAUGUCAUGCACUUUUUUUUUUAAUUCUGCUGGUCAUUUUGUACCAAUAAAAACCAGCUGGGUGUAUUGGGACUUGAUAUAAAUGAUUUAACCUAAAAA